AUGAGUGAACAGACACCUCGAGGCUAUAGGCCUCUUGCGCCUCGUACCAAACUACUCGGUGGAAGCGGAGGGGGAGAGGGACCAGCGAUUCCAGCUGGCGGGAAUGCACCAGAAGAAAAACGUAUGAGACGAGCAUCGACGGCUUGUACAGAGUGUCAAAAACGCCGGACUAGGUGUACCGGCCCUCCUCAUUGCACCGAAUGCUCAACCCACGCCCGCGAGUGUGUCUUCGAUGAAGCCGCCGACAGACGCCGCAAGGCCUCCGCCAAAAGAAUUCAGGAUCAAUUGGACCAUUUCCGAUCAUUUGUGGACGAUCUAAUCGGGCUCAUCCGCGAAAGUGAUGGUACAACGGUGCAAUCAAUCGUCAAUACCAUACGAUCGGGAGCAACCCCUGGAGAGAUUCGAGACUAUCUCACCCGCCUCUUGGAAGAUGAUAAUCAACCCGACCCCCGCAAUUCAAGCAUGCGCGACGCAAACCUGAACCUGAACAUUACUCCCAACAAUAACAUGGGCAAUUACUUCAACUCUUCUCGUUGA